AUGGAGACGGUGGUGAUUGUGGCCAUCAGCAUCCUGGCGGCCAUCUUCCUGGCCUCGUUCGUGGCUCUGGUCGUGGUCUGCAAACACCGCUACUGCCACCCGCACGACAUGCUGCAUCCGUUUGACUCCAAACCCACAAUCGACCUGAUCGGAGCGAUGGAGACUCAGAGCGAACCGUCCGAGCUGGAGCUGGACGACGUGGUCAUCACAAAUCCUCACAUAGAAGCCAUCUUGGAGAACGAGGACUGGAUAGAAGACGCAUCCGGCUUGGUCUCACACUGCAUCGCCAUUUUAAAGAUUUGCCACUUGCUCACAGAAAAGCUGGUUGCUCUGACGAUGGGUUCGGGAUCAAAAGUCAAAGCUCCAGCCAGCCUCAGUGACAUCAUUACAGUGGCUAAACGCAUAAGUCCAAGAGUGGAUGAUGUGGUCAGAUCUAUGUACCCACCACUGGAUCCAAUUCUCCUGGACGCACGAGCCACGGCACUGCUGCUGUCCGUCAGUCACCUGGUGCUGGUGACCCGCAGUGCGUGCCACAUGUCGGGCAGCCUGGACUGGAUCGAGCAGUCCCUGAACGCGGCAGAGGAUCACAUGGUGGUGCUGAGGGAGGCCGCGCUCGCCUCCGAACCCGACCGAGGCUUCCCCAUCGCCGCCCCACAGAGAGAGCAGGCCAUUUAG